ACUCAUGGGUUUAUGCUACUUUCCACCAUGGGCCUUUGGGGAGCACUUUGCUUUUUAAUUUUCCUGCGCAAAACUUGGGGACAGGAGCAAAUAUUCAGGACAAACAGUUGUCUGAAGGACAAAGCUCAUUUUCAUAUGUGUAUUUGGAAGUCAUGUCAAAGCAUUUUUCAAAAUCAGAAAAAAGGCCAAUCCUCUAUGACAAUGGCUCUCUCUUCGUCCACACUGACAAGCCUGUGUACACUCCGCAGCAGCACGUAAAGGUUGGCGUCCUUUCGCUGGGAGAUGCCUUGGAGCCAGUUACACGGGAAACUGUCUUAACUUUCAUAGACCCCGAAGGAUCAGAAGUUGACAAGGUACAAGGAAACAAUCUUACUGGAGCUGUGUCUUUUCCUGACUUCCAGAUUCCUUCUAACCCCAAAUACGGUAGAUGGACGAUUCAGGCUAAAUUUAGAGAAGACGCUUCCACCAACGGAACAACACACUUUGAAAUCAAAGAACACGAUAAAGCUUACAAAAUAAAUCUCACGUCAAUAAGUGAUCUGCAGCAAGAACUGAAAAUUCAAGCAGAAGCCCAAGCCGUGAUUCUCCAGCCUACAGAUUACCUGGAACACAAAAUAACAGAACAAGCUGGUACAUAUAAACAUCCGGUGGUAAAGAAGUGUUGUAAUGACGGAGCCAGACAUAGUGCCUAUGAAACCUGUGCGCAGAGAGCAAAACGUGUGAAAACAGGCCCGCGCUGUGUCCAAGCUUUCACUCAAUGCUGCACCAUGGCAACCCGGAUCAGAGCUACAGACACCUUUAAACAUGUCCCUUUGGCAGGACACCAUCAAAAAGAAGAGGAGAUCUAACUGCAUGGAAUAUCUAACUGUUAAACCCAGAAGACCGUGCUUACGGCACUGUGGCUGCCACAGUGAAUGCUGACACGCUGCCCAGGGAGAGCUGAAGACUCAACAGCCCACACUGCUGUGUGCCACUGUGCUGCCCAGGUGCCCAGAUGUCUGUAACUCUGUAUCAGUUCACCACAAAUGACCAGAUGUGCCAGCAGAGCAUGGGAGCCUCUAAAAUGAUACUGUGCCUAUAAAUAUGUGUCAAAGCAGAAUAUUUGAAUCAAUAAAAAAUUAUCACCCAUGUUGA